AUGGCGCUCCUCGAGACGCCCGAGGCCAAGAGCGCGCUGUUCUUCGCCGGCGGUUCCCUAUUCACCCAGUUAUUGGCCAAAGUCGUGGUCACCCGUUUCUUCUUUGACUAUCCCAUUGUCAUUCUGAUGCUUCAACACGCCGCCACACUAUUUCUUGUCGAGGUGCUACGGCUAUUGUCAAUCGUCAAACUUCCGGCAUAUUCGUUCGAUCGUGGCCGUCAUCUCUUCGUUCCUUCGCUUCUUUUGGCAGUCUCUUCCUGGCUAUCAGUCGCUUCCCUCGAGGGCAUCGGAAUGCCGGUCUUUGAUUCAGUCAAAAGAUGGAGUUCGGUGGUAGUCGUUCUCCUGAGUGGGGUGAUGCUCAAAAAAGGCCGUCCGGAAAGUCAAAAAGGGCUCCUCAUCGUCACCGGAAUAUCGUUGACUGCUGCCCUUACUGUAAAUUUCGACCUGUCCCUCGACCGUUUCUCUUUCUUUUAUGGAUGUAUCGCUGCAAUCACACAGGCUGUCGCCUACGUACAGCUAGAAACGCUAUCAGCGAGUUUCUCCCCCAUCGAGCUGACCUAUCUGCACGCGUUCAACUCGCUCGUCAUUUUCCUGCUGUCGGAUAUUGUUCAGGACGAGGUUCGUGACGCGUUCAUGUAUAUGAUGACGUCAGCAAAUGGUCUAUUCACCUGUCUUCUUUUGAUUCUUCUAGCCACCGGAUUCCUGCUAAACUUUGCAACAAUGCACUGUCUGACAGCCAAUGGAGCACUCGGAACAUCACUCGUCUCAAAUGUUAGGGCCGCCUUUCAGAUAAUGAUUGCGUAUUACUGUGGGGUGCACCUUUUCUACGAUCUCGUCCCAUCAUUCCUCAAUUGGGCUGCUCUAUUCACCUGUGCUGCAUUCGCCACCGUCUUCUACCGUACCCAAAAGAAGCAGGCCAUCCACCACGGCGAGAAGGUGGCCACCGUAUGCGUGGAUACAGUAUGCCGUCUCUUAUGUGGCUGCCUUGCGCAAGCCCUUUUCUUCGAAUAUUCCUCAUUUUGUCUGCUCGUCUCCUCGGCCUCGUUUCUCAUCGGAAUCGCUCUUUUUCGUCGCAGUUCCCGUCAUUCCCUAAAUGUGAUCCCAUCCUGCCUGAUCCCCUCGAUAUUUCAAUCGAUAUCCACCCUCCUCAUCCACUCUUCAUAUUUCUCCACCACAAUCCCCGGAUUUUCCAGGGUUACGACAAUCCUCCCCGUCAUCACCGUAUUGUUGUGUAGUCUUUUGUCGAAAAUUCCCUUCCGUGAUGUCCCAUUUGGACGUCUUCUCGUUGCCGUCCUUCUCACCGUAUUUACCUACACGGCGGUAAGCGAUCAAUCCACCCUCCCAAUCCCGCCCUCGACAUUCCACUGGGCUACUAUUGCCAUAGCCGGCCAAACUGUCGACUGGUGGAUGUACAAAGGAGUGUUGCGGAGAUAUACGGUCAUGGAGGUACUGUAUAAUGAGCAAAUGGUCCUAUUUUUCGUUACUUUCGCUACGGAGUUGUAUACGCACGACAUCCGUGGCGUGGCCGAAUACAUGGUUCGAUGGCGAUUCCCCAACUGGGGUACUGUAGCCGUCCUUUUCCUCAUUUUCACCUCAAUCAAUCGAUGGCUUCGACUACGUACACUCCAAAUGACGGAUGUCCCUACUAUGGGUGUACUGUGGAAUGGCGCUUUGGCUGCUGAGGUUCCACUACAUUACUGUCUUUCGCGUUGGGUGUAUAUGGAAAAGACAUGGAAAUCGACGACCGCCAUCAAUUUCAUCGCGUCAUCGAUUGCUACGUUAAAUUUUGACACGCCUUUCACGUCACUU